AUAGGACCCUCCCCUUAACGCCAGGCUGCUUGUAGUCAGGAAGUGGUUAGUUUAGGGUCGAGUUCAGACGUCGGGCUGAUGUUUUGCUGUUAAUGUCAGUAGAGACACAUUGUGUAGAUCUGUAAAUAUGUCGGCCAGGAAUCCAGGCACGGUGCUGGACCUGAAAAAGAUAUGCAAAGUGAGAGUGAACCCACAGUCUGUUCUGAAGAGGGCUCAACGUAUCCAAGGACAGAAGACCCCCAAGAAGCAGUGGCAGACUGCGUGGUUGCUGAACGCUGUAACAUGUAUCGACCUGACAACUCUGGCUGGAGAUGAUACACCAUCCAACGUCCAUCGUCUCUCUAUGAAAGCCAUCCAGCCUGUCAGAUACGACCUACUAAAGAAGAUAGACAUGCAUGACAAAGGAAUCACCACUGCAGCAGUGUGUGUGUACCCCUCUCGUGUGGCUGAUGCUGUCAAAUCACUAAAAGCAGCCAAUUCCAACCUUCCUGUUGCCUCAGGGACUUAG